AUGCAGGGCGUGGAGGAUACGCGGGGGAACAAGUUUCACAUGUCACUGGGUCUGCCUGUGGUGGCGACGACGAACUGUGCGGAUAACACGGUGGCGGGAACCUGCACCGCAAGACCUGGCGCAGAAAGGACUGUGUCUACAAAGGUCAGUAUCGAACGGAAAGUGCGAGUUGCUCGUGGCUUUGUGUUCUUGCGGCGGCUGAAAGUCUGGAAACAUGAAGCAGCAUGCUCAUCUGGUUCUCCUGAGAUUACCUGCAGCAAGCUAGCAUCAAACGUUAGAAUGAGUGGGUUGUAG